ACUUUUCCGAACUGGACUGGAAAGCCAAGUGUGACAUUUUGCGCAGUAACCCGGUCACCGUAAUGCGCAUGUUUGAAAAACGCGUGGAUGCCCUUAUGGCAAAGUUGAUCCUCUCACCAGCGCGGCCCAUCGGCGAGGUGGAGGAUUACUUUUACCGCGUUGAAUUUCAGGCCCGCGGAAGCCCACACAUUCACAUGCUAGUGUGGGUCAAAGACGCCCCUGUGUACGGCGAGGACUUGGACCACACCGUAUGCAGGUUCAUUGACCGCCACAUUUCUGCCAGAUGCCUGACCCCGAGAAGGACCAGGAGCUCCACAAAAUCGUCUCGGAGGUUCAGGUACACAGCAGGAACCACACCGGCUCUUGCCGAAAGGGAAACGUGGCGUGUCGUUUGGCUUCCCCAAGCUGCCGUUUGAUAUCACCUGGAUCACGGAGCCCUUUGCUGCGGAUGUGGAAAUGGAAGAUGGUCAAGACCAGGAAGAGGUGAUGAAGGAACGGAGGGAGCAGAUCCGUCGGCAGCAAAGGGAAGCAAAGGAAAAGCUUCGGCACCUGAGAGAGCUCCUCAUGGAUCCGAAGGCCUCCUUCGAGAGCUUGUCAGAUCUCCUCCGUCGAUGCGACUUCGAACACGACGCCUAUAUGAAGUGCGCCGAAAAUCUGACAAGCGGGAGCGUGGUCAUGCUGAAGCGGCAGCCAAACGAGUGUUGGGUUAACGCGUAUAACCCAGACCUUCUCCGCGCUUGGAACGCAAACAUGGACAUCCAGUACGUCCUGGACGAGUACUGCUGUGCCAUGUACAUGAUGUCGUACAUCACCAAGCCGGAGCACGAGAUGACCGAGUUCCUGAACUCGGUCGUGAAGACCAGCAGAGAGUCUGCCUUCAACCAAUGUGAGGAAAUGCGAAAGAUCAUGCAGGCCUAUGCGAAGCACAGAGAGGUCAGCGCCCAGGAGGCAGUGGCUCGUACGUGCAGCUUGCCCCUGAAAAAGUGCUCGCGGUCUGUGAUUUUCCUCUCGACGGACGAGGAAGCCAUGAAGAUGAGUCUUCCUAUGAGUCGCCUGAAGGACAUGGCACCUGACUCUGAAGAGGUCUGGAUGUUGGGGGUACCUGACAAGUACCUGUUCAGACCAAAGACUCCCGAGUUUCAGGGGAUGUGCCUGGCUGAGUUUGCAUCAGACUACCGGGUAGUCUACGGCGAACAAGUACAGGGCCCCAGUGCCAUUGCCCUUUUGUGUGACAAAGGAUAUAUUGCCAAGAGGACAGCCGGAAAACCAGCAGUCAUUCGAUAUGCGCGCUUCUCUGAGACCAAGGCGCCAGAGAAACAUUUCAGACGACUGCUCAAGCUGUACCUCCCCCACCGAUCUGACGACGAACUCAACGACGGGGGUCGCACCUCGUACGAAGAGUUCUACAAAUCGCGACGCGACGUCAAGGACAUCGUGGACCACAACAGGAAGCUAUUCGAGGGACGAGGCGCAGGCAUGGAUAAGGCACUCCAGAACGUCCAGUUCGGUCCGGUCCUCAACGCUUGGAACACGUUCGCACCCGAGGUUGAGGCGGAACGGCAGGAGUGUCUUGAGCUCCGUGAAAAGAUCCCAGAGGAGCAGGACGAAGACGCCGUGCCCGACUUUGAAGACCUGAAUGUCGGUGAACCCGUCCCCCGAAUCGAGGCGCCUCGGUUAAGUCCAGACUUUGUCCGCAAGAUGUUUCAGAGUCUGAACGAGACCCAGGCGUGCGUCUUCUACGCUGUGCGCCAGUGGUGCCUUCGGCGUGUGUGGGGCCAAGAUCCAGAACCGUUCCACUACUUUGUCUCUGGUGGAGCUGGUUGUGGUAAGUCCCACGUCAUCAAGUGCAUUCAUGAGGAAGCAACGAGGAUUCUGCGGCAGCUCCCGAGAUUCCGGGACGCAGCUGACAUGUCCCAGCCCCCUGUCCUUCUGACUGCCUUCACGGGCACGGCAGCCUUUAACAUCGCGGGCAAAACGUUGCACUCUGUCCUUAAGCUUCCCAGGUCCCUGGAACCGCCGUACCAGGGCCUGGGCAAUGCACUUGAUGAACUUCGAGCAACUUUGUCUUCGGUGGAAAUUCUCAUCAUCGAUGAGAUUUCCAUGGUUUCCAAGAAGCUGUUUGCCUACGUCAACUGGCGAUUCCAGCAGCUCAAAGGAAACCGAAAACCUUUUGGCGGCAUUUCCGUUCUUGCAGUCGGUGACUUUUACCAGCUGCCGCCGCUGGGCAGAGCCAAGCCGCUCUGUGUCUACGAGGAGACAGAGUUCGAUCUCUGGAGAGAGCGCUUCACCAUGGUCAACCUCACGGAGAUCAUGCGCCAGAAGGAUGACCGAGCGUUCGCCGAACUCCUCAAUCGACUGCGUGUCAAGCGCAAGCAAGAUCCUCUGUGCGCUGCGGACAGAGGCUUGCUCAUGAGAGCCGUCUCUGACGGCAAAGAUUGCCCGCCAGGAACGCUACACGUCUUUGCCACCAACAAGCAGGUAGAUGGUCACAACGCAGCCACCGUGGCCUCCCUGCUUAAAGGGGACGUCAAAAUAGCGGCCGAGGACUACAGGAAGGAUGUCGCUACCGGCAGGAAGGUGCCUGUGCCCAACAUCAAAGGCACCAAGAGAGAUUUGCCUGACAGCAUAAUGGCAGCUGAAGGAGCAAGAGUUAUGCUGAUCAGGAAUCUCAACGUGGAGGAUGGCCUUGUCAAUGGAACCUUUGGGACCAUCUCCACCAUUGUGCCUGAGAGACGUGACCCCAAAGUCGUGAGGUUCCUUGGACUUAAGCUGGACAAUUCCACAGCAGGACAGACUCUCCGCAAGAAGCUUCUGGGCCCCUCGGACGACUUGGUCUACGUCGAGAGAUCCGAGGAGAGCAUCGGUCGCAAGGGCGGAGUCGUGAGACGUCAGUUCCCCGUCAAGCUGGCCUUUGCGUGUACAGCCCACAAAGUUCAGGGAAUGACGGUGACGUCGGCUGUCGUGAGCCUGAAACGCAUGUUUCAGCCAGGCAUGGCAUAUGUGGCGCUUAGUCGCACCACUUCUCUUCAAGGUCUCACCAUCACCGACUUUGAUGAGACAAAGAUCUAUGCUGACCCUGCCAUUACGACAGCUUUGGAAGACAUGCGCAGCGCGAGUUUCCAGAGUGUUACUCCGCUGUUGCACCACUUGAACUGGACAGAGCGACCAGAUGCAGAGGUGACAAUCGUACAUCAUAAUACCCAAGGGCUUCCAUCUCACAUGGUGGACCUGAAGUUGCAUCACGAACUCAGGUUGGCAGAUGUGCUUUGUCUCACCGAGACACAUCUGUCAGGGUCCUCUGUAUCCUCAUGCUUUGAUCUGGAAGGAUACACUGUGUUUCACCGCAGCAGACAGGCGUCUUACACCACGUGCAGGGACAUGGCGGCAAAGGCCGGGGGUGGAGUUGCCGUGUACUGCAGGACCGCUCUGAUGGCGGAGGCGCCGAGCUGCAUGGUACGUGUCACAGAUCUGGAAUGUCUGGUCGUAAAGGUUGAGGUCCCAGUCAAAGUGCUAAUAGCAACUGUGUAUAGACCCCCAGAUUUUGGUUUGCAAAAGUUUCUGCCAAACCUGAACGCUCUCUUGGACACAUUGGAACUGAUGGAUCACCAGCCCAUUGUUGUUUGUGGUGACUUCAAUGAAGACCUCCUUUCCAGAGGCAAAAAAAGCAUAAGAGAUGCACUUCUGUCCAGGGGCUACAACCAAUUGAUCACAGAGUCUACCACAGACAAGAACACUGUGAUUGAUCACAUUUACAUUUCCCAACCUGAGAAAUGUGUUCAGUCAGGUGUUCUCCAAACAUAUUAUAGCUAUCACAGCCCGGUCUAUUGCAUUUUGACUGGCUAAAGCCUCACCAGCCAACACCGAUUUCAUGAUGGUCGUACGUUUGUCCCAUCUCUAGUUACAUUUUCAAAAUAAUAUUUCUUGGUUCAAUGUCUUGGCUGGAAAUCUAUUCUGUUCAGUCCCAUUUUACAGUUGUGUCACACAUUUUUCAUGUGACUCAGUGUUGUGGCACAUUGUGCUGCUGUUGUUUUUUCUUGGUAUGUUUUGUUCUGUUUUUUGAGUUCCAGGUCUGAGGGGGUCCAGAAGGUGCAGUGGCGAGAUCGGACGUCCUCCCAGAAGUCCCCUCCUCUCGGACGCCCAGUCCUUUUGGAAGUCCUCAACAGCCUCCCCAUAGGCAUGUCUCAGAAUUUGGACUUGGCUUCCUGUAGUCGAGGGAGCGGGGUGUGUAGUGUGCAGUGUCGGCCGACGGCCUGUAUAGGUCCGGUAACGGCUGUAGCUCCACAUCUGCUUCCACCGCUACGACGGGACAUGCCUCAGACAACACAGAAGACCACCAGAAGGCUGGAGAAAAUGGGACUUCAAAUGAAUGUUAUAAAUAAAUGUUAAAAUAAAAAAUGUAUACAUAUAUGAAAAUA